CAUAACAUCUGUGAAGGAUCAUUCAUUCUGGGCCUUCCUGGUUUGGUUUGGUGAAGAAGUGAGGAUGGCUGCGGUUAGAUUUGGAAUAAUUGCAAGAUCAAUGAAAACAUCUGCUGCUCAGCAGCAGAUGGUAAAACCACCUGUGCAAGUUUUCGGACUUGAGGGGAGGUACGCAAGUGCUCUCUAUUCAGCAGCCUCAAAGUUGAAACAGUUAGAUGCAGUGGAAAAAGAAUUAACGAAAUUCCAGCAGACGCUUCGAACCGAUGUUAAACUCCGAGAAUUCAUUGAAAAUCCUACGCUGAAACGCCACACAAAAACAGAAGCAGUAAAACAAAUUGCAAGUAAACUUGCGCUUUCGCCACCGACGGCAAAUCUUGUUACAUUACUGGCGGAGAAUGGCCGGCUGAAAAGUCUUGAAGCUGUUAUUAAUUCGUUCAAGACAAUUAUGGCAGCUUACAGGGGAGAAGUAGUUUGUGAAGUUGUGACUGCCACCGCUCUCGAUGAUGCUACGAGGAAGGAACUGGAAGAUGCACUCAAGGGACACCUAAAGCAGGGGCAGACAUUGGUACUAAACACGAAGGUCGACCCAGCAAUAAUUGGAGGUAUGAUUGUGAGCAUCGGUGAUAAAUAUGUUGACAUGAGUACCGCGAGCAAAAUAAAGAAAUAUACUGAUCUUAUUUCUGCUGCAGUGUAGACUAAGUUUAUUGAUUAGCAAGGUUGACAGAAACCUGUUCUACAGCAGCAAGUUCAUAGUGAUAUAUGCAAACCUUUAGUGUUUUACAAUAAACUGGAAUUUUCAAAACAAAACUUCCAUUUUCUGUGAAAACUGUUUUGCAUAAACCUCUGUUUAUAUGGAUAUAUACUGAAUGGUUUGUGUUUGUUUAAUUAUGACCAGAAUGCACGAUAUUUUCAAUCAUUAAAUAUUACCAGAAAUAAUAUAUUUAAUGUCGUACUCUGAACUACUGUGAAAUAAUACACUGGUGCAAUACACAUUUUGUCUUGUGCUCUUUAUGUCUGUUGCAGAUUAUGUAGUUUUCUGUUAAUGGAACUGUUGUUUAGAUUAAUAAAUUACUCAUGGAACUGCUA